UCUCUGGGGAGUUAAACGUCACCGGGUAGUAGGAAGCGGUUGUUGUGGUGGAGAUGAGGUUGAAGUAGAGCGGGCAGUGGAAAGGGUGGAACACAAUGACACGAAGCCGUGUGCGUGUGAGGAGCACUCGGACACAUCCAUUCGCUGCUUCCAUACGGAUCUGAAAGCUUCCCCAACGGCGUCGCCUUAAUGUGCGCGAUUACAGCGAUGUGUCGUUGAUCUGGCGUGAUGAUGGCGAUGCAUUCAUGGAACUCCUGCACGGUGUCACUCCCGUGGAUUUCUGGACCCGACACCGGAGGGGCUUAUUUUACGAGUGUGUGUUUGUCACUUCAUCGCUGCUUAACGUUUGACUUAUAGUGAAUUGAUUCAACCCCGUGGUACAGGAUACUCUUUGUCAUCGUGAUAUCCACUCCAUCGCUGGUAAAUAAUGACCACUCAGGCUUCGAUUUCUGGCUAAAUUGACUCGCAGCGCGUGCUGGGGUGGAGUCACGUGACAUCGUGGCGUGGUCUUGUGAACUCGUUUAAAGAAAAGAAACUACAGGGGCUCGAGACACCCUCCAAGAGGUAUCACCAUGGACGAUUCUGGCAUCAUUCGAAGAAGGCGGCUCCAGAAGGAUCUUCCACUGCCACGGAAGAGUAGCAGUUGCCGAACGAGCAACCGGAAAAGCCUCAUCCUGACCAGUACAUCGCCGACCCUGCCCAGGCCUCACUCCCCACUGCCUGGACACAUCGGAAGCAGCCCAUUGGACAGCCCACGCAACUUCUCACCUAGUGGUCCCGCCCACUUCUCUUUUGCCUCUUCAAGAAGGCCUGAUGGUCGUCGAUGGUCACUGGCUUCGCUUCCAUCCUCAGGAUAUGGCACCAAUACACCCAGUUCAACGUCGUCCAGCUCGUCCCAGGAACGUCUGCACCAGCUGCCCUUCCAGCCCACCAUGGACGAGCUGCACUUCCUGUCCAAGCACUUUGGCAGCACCGAGAGCAUCACGGAUGACGACGGGGGCCGCCGCUCACCGCACGUCCGUCCUCGCUCUCGGAGCCUCAGCCCGGGGCGCUCGCCAUCCUGCUACGACAAUGAAAUAGUGAUGAUGAACCAUGUGUACAAGGAGCGCUUCCCCAAGGCCACAGCUCAGAUGGAGGAGAGGCUAGCAGAGUUCAUCCACAACUACUCCCCAGAGAGCGUUCUGCCUCUGGCUGACGGCGUCCUCAGCUUCAUCCAUCACCAGAUAGCCGAGCUGUCUCGAGAUUGCCUGACCAAAUCGAGAGAGGGUCUCAUUACCAGUGUUUACUUCUGUGAACUUCAAGAAAACUUGGAGAAGCUCCUGCAUGACGCGUACGAGCGCUCAGAGAGUUCCGAGCUCACCUUCGUCAUCGAGUUGGUCAAGAAGCUCUUUAUCAUCAUAUCUCGGCCAGCCAGGCUGCUGGAGUGCUUGGAAUUUAAUCCUGAAGAGUUCUACCAUCUGUUGGAGGCUGCGGAGGACCACGCCAAGGAGGGCCAGUUGAUGAAGGCGGACAUCCCUCGAUAUAUCAUCAGCCAGCUCGGGCUCACCAGGGAUCCCCUGGAAGAUAUCGUGAGUCUUGACAGCUACGACAGUGAAGGUCCGCACACGCCAGAGACCGAUGACUCAACAGAGGGUAAGGGGAGAGUCAUCAAACCACCUAGUGAGGAAGACUUUCAGAGCAUCAAACUCAUCAGCAACGGCGCUUACGGGGCUGUGUAUCUGGUGCGCCACAGGGAGACCCGGCAGCGCUUUGCCAUGAAGAAGAUCAACAAGCAGAAUCUGAUCUUGAGGAACCAAAUCCAGCAGGCCUUUGUGGAGAGGGACAUUCUCACCUUUGCAGAGAACCCCUUUGUUGUUUCCAUGUUUUGUUCCUUUGAGACGCGCAGGCACUUGUGCAUGGUGCUGGAGUACGUCGAGGGCGGUGACUGCGCCACCUUGCUGAAGAACAUCGGGGCUCUUCCUUUGGAGCUCGCCAGGAUGUACUUUGCUGAGACCGUUCUGGCCCUGGAGUACUUGCACAACUACGGCAUCGUUCACAGAGAUCUGAAGCCAGACAAUCUGUUAAUCACCUCCAUGGGCCACAUCAAGUUGACAGACUUUGGCUUGUCCAAAAUGGGCCUGAUGAGCCUCACCACCAAUCUGUACGAAGGACACAUUGAGAAAGACGCAAGAGAGUUCCUUGAUAAGCAGGUGUGCGGGACCCCUGAGUACAUCGCCCCAGAGGUGAUUCUCCGUCAGGGCUAUGGCAAGCCGGUGGAUUGGUGGGCGAUGGGCAUCAUCCUGUAUGAGUUCCUUGUGGGCUGUGUGCCUUUCUUUGGAGACACUCCUGAGGAGCUAUUUGGACAGGUCAUCACUGAUAAUAUGGUUUGGCCCGAUGGUGAUGAUGCCUUACCUGAGGAGGCCCAAGCCCUCAUCUCGGCCCUUCUGCAGACCAACCCUCUCGUCAGGCUGGGCACAGGUGGAGCGUUUGAAGUGAAGGAGCACCCAUUCUUCACGGAGCUCGACUGGAAUAGUUUACUGCGACAGAAAGCCGAGUUCGUCCCACACCUGGAGUCGGAGGAGGACACCAGCUACUUUGAUGCACGCUCGGAUCGUUACCAUCACAUCAACACAUACGACGGGGAUGACACCAAUGAUGACGAGCCGGUGGAGAUCAGACAAUUUUCCUCCUGCUCCCCUCGAUUCAGCAAGGUGUACAGCAGCAUGGAGCAUCUCUCUCAACUGGAGCAGAAAGCUUCCACUUCCGUAUCCCGUCGGGAGCACAAGGGCUCAAGGGAGGACAAGGUGACUAAGAGAGAGAGCCUGGGAAGCUUCAGCAUGCGGGACAAGAGUUGGAGGACUGGAUCUCCCGAAAUGAAGCGCCUUUCCUGCUCUGAGUCCCUGUACAUGGAGGGUGAUGCAAGUCCUCCUUUGGGCGCGCGGCGACGGUUCUCUGCACUGAUGGACACGCAUCGCUUUGCCUCCCCCAUUGAGGGCGAACCGGACUUUGUGUCCAAGCCAACCCCCAUCAGGGUUCGGGGAACGUCCCUGGAUGGGACCGGCGUUCCGUCGACACACCACGGGGAGCCGAGGAACAGUUUAAAAGAGAUCAACGGAGCAGACAAGUCGCCCAAGCAAGGAGAGACUCCCGGAGUUGUGAGCAUUAACACAUUGGGUCCAGCUCCCGCGACAGUCGGUCGCGAUGUGAUGAUGCCUCUGUAUGACCCUCUGGGGGCCCGGGCCACCAAUGACCUGGUUCUCCGGAGGGCGCGGCACCCGCAUUUGUCUGGAGAUGGAGAGAAACGCAACUCCAGAGCUGGAAACAAGGUCAUCAAAUCCGCCUCGGCCACAGCGCUGUCUGUCAUCAUACCAUCUGUGGAGCAGCACGGUGGCUUCUCUCCAUUGGCCAGCCCCAUGUCCCCCCACUCCUUCUCGUCCAAUCCCUCAUCUCGCGACUCUUCACCCAGUCGAGACUUUUUCCCGACUGUCAACGUGCUGCGCUCGCCCAUCACCAUCCAUCGCUCGGGAAAGAAAUACGGCUUCACCCUUCGGGCCAUUCGGGUUUACAUUGGAGACAGCGAUAUCUACAGCGUGCAUCAUAUCGUCUGGCAUGUGGAGGAAGGUGGUCCGGCCCAAGAAGCCGGUCUGUGUGCAGGCGACCUCAUCACUCAUGUGAACGGAGAGCCGGUCCACGGUCUGGUCCACACUGAGGUGGUUGAGCUUAUCCUCAAGAGCGGCAACAAGGUGACGGUAACGACCACACCGUUCGAGAACACUUCCAUUAAAGUGGGUCCUGCCCGCAAGGCCAGUUAUAAGUGUAAGAUGGCCCGGAGGCACAAGAGGACCACGGGCAAGGACGGCCAGGACAGUAAAAAGCGAAGCUCGCUGUUCCGCAAGAUCACCAAGCAGUCCAAUCUCCUCCACACCAGCCGCAGUUUAUCCUCUUUGAACCGCUCGCUGUCCUCUAGUGAGAGUCUUCCCGGCUCGCCGACUCACAGCCUCUCUGCCCGGUCCCCAACUCAGGGGUACCGUUCCUCAGCUGAGCCAUCGUACCUGGGCGCUUCCUCUCAAAGCAGCUCUCCAGCCUCGAGCACUCCAAACUCCCCGGCGCCUUCACAGCACAUGCGGCCCAGUUCCCUCCACGGCCUCUCCCCCAAACUCCACCGACAGUACCGCUCUGCCCGUUGCAAGUCUGCCGGCAACAUUCCUCUCUCCCCAUUGGCCCACACCCCGUCGCCCACCCAGUCCUCCCCUCCUCCCUUACCGGGCCACACUGUAGGAAGUUCCAACACCACGCAGUCCUUCCCUGUUAAGCUCCACUCAUCACCCCCAGUGGUCCGUCCCAGGCCAAAGAGCGCAGAGCCCCCACGCUCGCCCCUUCUGAAACGCGUACAGUCUGCAGAGAAGCUCGGCUCGCCUUUGACCCAGUCCAGUGCGACAGGAGGACUCGGGGGUCCGUUGAGGAAGCACAGCCUUGAAGUGCAACAUUCUGAGUACCGCAAGGACGCCUUCCUGUGUGAACUUGGCCUCCAGAGUCUGCUGGAGACAGAUGGUGAGAGUUUGCCACCUCAUCCUCCACCCCUGCCGUGCUCCUCGUCUUCCACGGGCUCGGAGACUCGCGUGCUGAAGCCUGUGAGAAGAUUUGGCAGGCAAGAGUCUCCGCUCAGCAGGGAGACGCUGCUGGCCGGCAGAGAAAGGGAAGAGAAGGAAAGGGGAAGGGAGCGAGAACGGGAGGUCGGAAGUGAGUCGGUCCUGGAGCGAUUGAGCCGGGUUGAAACAGCGGCGCUCCAGACAUCCUUGACGAGAAGGCAUCAUGCAGAGCCCUUGAGUUCAAGACCAAGUGGAGAAACCACGACGACAGCUACAAGCAAUUCGACCAAAACAGCGGAAAGUCUAGAUGGGCACAAGAGGUCAGAGAAGAUAACCCAGCGCCCAACUCCGAAGCAACUGGACCUCAAAGCAGCCAAAGGUUGUAAAUCACCUCAAGAGCACCUUGGGGGAAGUGGAAGAGAACCAAAGCAGGAGGGAGACACUAAUAAUGGUCCUUGUUUACGGAAGAACUCUACCGCUACUCCUGACAAAGUCAUUAACGCUACACUUAUCGGUAGUCCACUGGCUUUGCGGAAAGCCUUUAAACCCUCCGGUAUGGGGGACAGCUUGAGAAAAGCUGAGAGCAGUGACUCAAGGACUUCAGACCUGAGCUCCAAGAGCCCGAAACUGCCUGCUCGGAUCCUUGCCCCUGUGGUCCCACCGCACGGGCCGCAGUUGAGUCUGGGGAAAGUCAGACAGGGUCUUGGGCCUGUCAACUGCUAUCGGGGAACCCUGGACUGGGAGGACAAAUGUCGCCUGGAGGUUCUGGAGGAGCAUUCUCCUUCUCCUUCCCCGUCCCCGACCGCGGUGACCCCUUCCCUCUGCGGACCGUCGCUGUGUAAGUCACGGCCCGUCUCCCCCGGCGACAAGACGAGCUUCGUCAGCCAGCUGACUACCGUGGCCAAGAACGUGCUGGGCCCAAUCAAGCUGGGCUCCCAGGAGAGCUCCAGGAGCAAAGAGCAGCAGACCAAGGCGGCAGACGACAAGCAGGCGGCCACAGCUGGAAGAUCUGACACGGCAGGAGGUAGUCGAGGCCUUGUGGCCGUGGUGAUGCAAAGCCCUGCAAGUUCAUCCCUAGAGAAGGCAGCCCAACCAAAAUGUGAUCCCUAAGCGGAACUGAAACCACAAACUAUAAUGCCUUCAUUGGAUAAACAAUGCAACACAAGUCAAGCACUUAGAACGUUGUACAUUCCAAUUUUAGAGCUUAUCAAAUCUUAUUUAUUGAUUCCAAUCAUUACCUUCCACCGGGAUGAGAAAAAUCCGCUAUAAAGGUGCAUUAUCUUUGGAUUAUUUUAAUAAGAAGAUUCUUCACGUAUUGUGGAAGACUUUAUCAGAUGUCUUUAUGUGUGAGUCCAUGUGGAUGCAUGUCCCUAUGGUAUGUACUGUACAUGUAAAAGUAGAGAAGGUCAGAAGGUCGCAAAGUGCUUUAGUCAUCAAAACUGUGAAGACCAAAUUUAGUGGCUCUGUUUUGUUGUCAAUUGUGGCACAGUCUCUCUGGAAUGUUUGCAUCAAACAACAUGCGAGAGAUGACUGUUCGCUUAUUCUGCAUGCGGCGUUUAUUUUGGCCCAGCGGAAGGCGAUGUCAGCGGGUGUCAAGUCUCGCGCUUGUGCGUGUGUGUUUGUGUGUGUGUGUGUGUGUGUGUGAGAGUGAGUGAGUGAGAGAGAGAAAGGGUCUGUUAUUGGUGGUUGUGGUGCUGACAGCUGAGGCUCAGCGCUUAUCUCCUCCUAGCAGGAGGGCCACCGCAGCCGUUCUCCCUCCCGUAUGAUUGAAGCCUUCACGCACAUGCACAGACACAGGCAUUGCCACAGGAGGCAACCAUGUCAUCAGCUGAUAUUGGUGCAUUUUAAUCCAUAUCAAUCCCCCGUGCUCUCUGAAAUGUGUUUGCCUGAAAGAGAGCCGAGGAGUGCAAACAGCGCUCAACACACUCGAUUCAGCAAUGACAAAUAAAACAAUAGGGCACCCAUCAUAUUAACUUUGUUGUUCCUGCUGAAUAAAAAUGAACUGCUUUGUGCUUGUGUUAGAGGUCGCGCUCACAGUAGGCAAUCUGUACCACACUCAAGCAUGGGGACAUCUAAAUUCUCGAUUGUUGAACUGUAUGCUGGAUUAGUCUUGUGCUUAAACAUGGUAUAGUCAUUGGCAGAGCUGUGUGGUGGCCAAGCCACCUCACUUCCAGGGGUAAUUUCAGAUGCCUGUAACUUUCCUGCCAUUUCCGGGUGGAUUUUGUAUCCUCAGAUCUCUUGAUAGUCUACUAUAGUUUAAUUAUAUUAACUCCAUACAUACAGAACUAACUCACAAUUGAUCUUUAAAAGCACUAGAUUCUUGCAAUCAGUGUUGAAUCAAAACCAUUUCUUUCACUCAAUAGUAAGUAAAUUAACUGAGAAGUCAUUGUUUAUCAUACCAGACAUGGUUUAAUGAAAUAAAAUACAGUCAUCCCUCGCAAUUUCGCGGUUUGUUUAUCUUGGCUUCGUGCAUGCGGAUUUUUUUCAAACAUUCAUUUAAAAAAUGUGAGUGUGUGUGUGUGUGUGCGUGCGUGCCCAUGUGCGUGUUAGUGCGCUCUGCUUAAGCGCAAAGGCCCACGUGGGGCAAUUGUUUUUUUAUGCAUAUGUUAAUUGGUCACUACUUCGUGGAUUUUCGUUUAUCGCAGGUGGUUUUAGUCCCCACUAACCGCGAUAAACGAGGAAUUACUGUAUCUAGAACCUUGCUCAAUACGUUCAUAAUACAAGUCAUUGGAUUGGAUUGGAUAAACUUUAUUGUCAAAUGUACUGUAUGUGUAACAUACAGCAGAGAUGAAAUUUCUUCCCUCUCAACAUAAAACAAAAGGAGCCACUGCCGCUAUCAAAAGAAAAGUUAACAAAAAAAAAAGACAAACUAAUACAAAACAACACAUGAGACACAGACAAGCGUGCACUCUUAACCACUUUCCAGGAUACACUUUGUUGUCUGAAGCAGUUAUAGAUAAAAGAGGAGCAGUGGAUCAAAGACGUCAUGCUGCAAUGUGCACACGUCUACUACAAACUAAGCUUGAAAGCAACAAGAAGCUGUAGCAUCCAUUAACGUAAAAGAGAGAUUGGCUCUCUUCUCCUGUCCCAUGUAAGUCCGCUUCAAUUCCAAUUCCAUAAAAGAGCGUUUAGAAUUGUGAUGGAAUGAGAGAUUUUUUUUUAAUUAAUGUUUUUUACUUUUAAAUAUGAUUUGAACGAAUGGGCCAUCAAUCAUAGUACAGUAUAUGGCUGUCGGUGACAGUUGCUAACUCUGACUCGCUGUUGGCAAGCAAAUAUAGUACAAAUCGCAAAUUGCAUGAGAUAGAAGUUGACCGUGAGAAAUGGCAUCCAGUAAAUAAAGCCCAGCAAAACGUAGCUUUUAACUUUAACGUGAUCUUGCUUGUAUUAUGAGUGUGUUGAGCAACCUUCUUGGAUAUGUGUGCAUUUUAUUUCAUGAAAACCUGACUGUGGAUGGUAUGAUAAACAAUGACUUGUCGGGGUUCUGAAGAGAUGGCCAGUGCCAAAUUUCUGAAUAUCCCCCUCUCCUUUCCUCCUGGCUUGGUAUUUGUGUGCCCUUCCGUCAUACAAAAAUAAGCAUACAUAGGACAUGAGCACCUGCGACAACAAAUGUGUUGAUUUGAGCCCAAAAUGGUGGAAAACAGGCAUUUGCAAAAAUGUCUCAAUGGAGAACAAAGGUUGGGCUAAAUAUGAGAUAGGGUUAUAUAUAUAUAAUAAAAGAUAUAGUGGUGUAAGGUAGCCAAAAUAAUAUGGUUACAUGUUGCUUUUUAGUGUUUAAUGUCAAUCAGAACUAUGAUCGCAUUCAUCUCCAUGUAAGUCAUAACAGUAGCUAGUCAGUUUACAUUAUGCAAACUGCACGAUGUCGGACGAAAAUGAUCUCACUUCAGUUUUGUCGUGCAUUGUUUAUUACCACUGUACUGCUUAAAUCGGUUACAUUUUAGUUUCAUUUUAAAACGUGCAAACACAUUGGAAUAGGCCAGACGGUCCUUUGUUUGACUUUUAAAAAAUUCUGUUCGAUCUUCCAAAGACUACAGAUGUAGUCAGUCUGUUAAAGGGAAGUUUCAUUCAUGAAGAAAACCAAAAUGUGGAGGGAAGAUGACAAAAGAUUUUGUCUUUUAUAAGGCAUUUAUUGAUUUUGAGCCAAUGAUUAAUUUUGUGAUCCACAUACCAUUGUGUACAGUACUUCAAUUUUUAUUCCCACUCGUUUAAAAAAAAAUGCAGUGCAACAAGGAGUUCAUGCAGUUUAUUUAAUGGUACUGUACUGUACUUACCCCCAGUGGUUCCACCUUGAUUGACUGAAAUGUACAAUCACAAACUGCAACUAAAACAAUACGGACCUUUAUGUGGUGUAGAACAGACGCAGCCUGGUUUACUGAAUAUGCAUUUAUAUGUGUCAAAUGAACAAGUGUUAGCAGUAUUCAACUAAAACACAAUUGUUUUUUUGUUACGUUUUCCGUACUUAAGUGGUCAUUUUCCUCGGGGUUAUUCGCAAAGAUUUCUCUUGAAAAUACUGUACGGAUCCAGAUGGGGUUCUGUUAUGUAUUGACAUCAUUUUAGUUCCCUGGUUAAGUUUAUGGAGAAAACUAAUUGUAAUAUUUUACUGCUGUCGUCACCAUUUUCAGGCCUUUUAGAACAGUGGCGUUUACACUAGUGUGACACAUUUGAGACUGCAGAGUUUUAUGAAUGCACUUUAUUUGGGGGCACAUUUGUACGUGCGUUACACUGAGGCUAAAUGACAUUUCUUGAGUUUAAUAAGUCACUGAAAACAUUCAACUUUUAGUAUCUGUUCAUAGCUGAUAAUUUAUUUAUUUGUACCUUGAUUUUAAUUUUUGUUUGUGAUAAACACCUGAAGUGCAGUGAGUGGAAUAAAAUGUGGAGAGUUGUUCCCGAA